UCACUGACACACCAAAGAAGAAGAAACAAAAACACAUUCACAGAAAAUUCAAUCCUUGGGUUUUGUGUUCAGUAUAACAAAUGACUUCAUCACCAGCGUAGCAGAAGCUACAGACAGAGGAAACAGACCAACAUGGCAGGUGACAGCCAAGAGAAUCUGAAGCCACUCCAAUCCAACACCAGAUCAGGGCAUGAGCUGCAGCAGCCGGCAGAGAACGGUAGGGAGGUUUUAACUGUCUUAGCUGGCAGCAACAACCUCCCAAAUUUAGCUCAGCCUCACUUGAGUGAUAAUGUUCAGACAGAGGCUAAUGCUAAUCUUAUCCCACAGGGGGAAAACCGUGCAGACGGACCACCAGAUGAGGGUUUUCCCACCGACAAUGACUCCAACAAGAGUCCAAUCAACAAGAGAAGUUGUCUCAAGGCCACGACAGGGAGGCACAAAAUCAGUGAGCCUUUAGAUAAACAUUCCUACGAAGACUUUAGAGUCCACAAUGAAAGACAGGGGGACAGAGAUACCUGGCUACGAGAGGAGAUGUUCACCCAACGGUACCCAAUGGCUCCUCACAACACCACACGGUACCUGAUGGAUGAGCAUGAGGAGGAGGAGUUAGACUUCAGCAUUGAAACCAGGGAGGAGUUUCUCCAGAGAAACUUCUGUGAAGAGCUGGAGACGUUCCAUGUGGAGAAGCUGCUCAAUAUGUCCAAGAACAAGCUGGUGCAGGAGUACCUGGAGCUCGAGAGGUGCAAAUCCCACAUGGAAGAGGAGAACAAGCUGCUGAGGAGCACUGUGGUAGCCGGGGUUGGACUGUGGACAGCUUCCUGGUCCAACUCGGAGAGCUAGAGAAGAAAGAGAAAAAAGCGGCACCAGUGGAACAGGGACAUGGCUUAAGUCAUUGCUGCUUCAUUUUUUUUAAAUUAAAAAACAAACAGAACAUCAGAACCCAUCAACAAAGCUACACUCCUCUACCUCACAAGGUCAACAAUCGCUUUAAAACAAUACUGAAUCUAGAUCAGUGUCCAGAUCACCACCAAAUCAUAACAAUUCUUCUAAAGGCUAUUAACAUGUAUGUCGAGUGUGUAAGUGUUCCGUGGGGUGAGGCGACCACUUGGGGGCAUGAGGAGGACAGGAAACAGGAAAUGCCAGAUGUGAAUCCAGAUCUGUGUCCAGAUCACCACCAAAAUCAUAACACAAUUUUUCUAAAGGCCAUUAACUCCGUUCCCAGAAGUUCUACACAUGUAUAUUUCAGUUUUGUGUUAAGAUAAUGAUUCAAAUAAAAAGAAUGUUAAGCUCUGCUUUAAAUGGUC